CGUUUUUUUCAUGUUAAUUUUUUUUAAUGAUUUCCCAAUAAGCGAAAACGCAGGCAAAGAAACAAACAAAAUAAAUUAUUGGUGGAAUUUGGGGAAAAUGGCGCAACCGCCGCCAGAUCAAAAUUUUUAUCAUCACCCGCUGCCGCAUCAUCAGCAUCCGCAGCUUCAGUUGCCGCCACAAUUUCGGAAUCCCUUCGAUUUGCUUUUCGAUGAGCGAACUGGAGCAAUCAACUACAAUUAUAUACGUCCCUAUCUGCCCAAUCAGAUGCCAAAGCCAGAAGAGCUACCAGACUCGUUAGUGAUGCGAAGACCACGUCGUACUCGGACCACCUUUACCAGUUCACAAAUUGCCGAAUUGGAACAGCAUUUCCUUCAGGGACGUUAUCUAACCGCUCCACGAUUGGCUGAUCUGUCAGCCAAAUUAGCCCUGGGCACGGCUCAGGUUAAGAUUUGGUUUAAAAAUCGCCGGCGUCGUCACAAGAUACAAUCGGAUCAGCACAAGGAUCAAUCGUAUGAGGGAAUGCCAAUGUCGCCAUCGUUAAAGCCAACGGAUUCCGUCCACGAUCCACCCAGCCUGCAAGCACUGAGCUUAACCCCCUCGCCCACUCCAUCCGCAACAACUGGAGGGCAUCAUUUGAUGGAUCAUUAUGGUGAUACCUUCAAUGGGUAUUACAAUUACAAUAAUCAAAAUGGUCAUGUGCAUGCGCAAUAUGCGGCAGCUAAUAACUGGCAACAUCAGCAGCAGCAGCAACAACAACAACAGCAACUCCUUCAUCAGGCUGCUCCACAUCAUCUGUUGCAGCAGCAGCAGCAGGAGCAACAGCAGUUGCAUCAUCAUCAUCAUCACACUAGCCACGUGCCGACACACCAACAGCAGCAGCAGCAGCAACAACAGCAACAUCAGGAACAACAUCAACAACAAGAACAAUACCAACAUCAUUUCGCAGUCAAUUCCUGUCGUGGCUCUAUGGUCAAGGACGAACCCGAUCCCGACUAUAAUUUCAACAACAGUUCGUAUUAUAUGCGCUCAACAACAACCACCACAACAUUGCAAUUGUCAUCCGGCGUCGGCAUCGGCGUUGGCGUCAGCCAGAGAGUCGCCGGCGGCGGCAGCAGCAGCAGCAACAGCAGCGGUUCGACUAACGCCUCUGGCUCAGCCUCUGUUUCUGCUCAUGCUCCUGGCUCUGGCUCUGGCUCAGCUACGGUCUCUGCCUUGGAGGUGACGUCUGCUCUAUCGCCCGGCUCCGAAGUCUAUGAACCAUUAACACCCAAAAAUGACGAAAGUCCCAGUCUGUGUGGCAUUGGCGUCGGCAGCAUUGGCGGCAUUGGCGGACCAAGUGCCACUGCUGUCGUUGUCAGUGGCGAUAAUGUCGCCGAUGUCAACGAUACUAUAGACAAUGGAUCGACCAAGAAGACGACGCUACAGAACUUGGAGCCACUUAAGAGCAGCAAUAUGGUUUUGGACAAGAGCUGUGACGAUGGCAGCAAUGAAUUAGCCGCAGGACUUCGAGCUGUUAGUCGCAAUUGCAUUCGAUUUGGCAAACUUUCGCCUAUACAGGCUCCCAUCGCCCCGCCCACCCUGAAUGUGGGCGGCUCACCCAUGGACUCAACAAUGUCUGCCAUGCAUGAUGCAAAUCAAUAUCAAUGUACGAUGGAUACGAUAAUGCAAGCGUAUAAUCCUCAUCGUAAUUCAGCAGCAAAUACGCAAUUUGCUUAUUGCUUCAAUUGAAGAGGCAACAAAUUUCUAUUGGAAAGCCUUAAUCAAUCAACAUAUCAUAAUUGAAUAUUUUUGCAAAAAUAUUUAUCGGCGGGGUAGUAUUAGAAUUCUUGAUUUAGUUUUAAGUGUAUACCAGUUGUUUCCUAAUUGUACAAAGAACAAACAAAAUGAUUGUAGAUAAUUAAUUAGGUUUUUAGGAUCCUAACACGCAAUAUGUAUAUGCCUUUUCAACUAGUUAAUAGUCUUGUUUUCAAUGCCUUUUCCUUUAAUUAAUUGUUAACUUCUUUUUGGCGUCAAACUUUCCCGGGAAAAUGUUCCUUGUUCUUCGCAUUUAAGUUCAAUUGGGUUUCUAUACAAAACUCAUGUAAAAAGCCCAUGGAAAUACCAGUUGGACUUGAAGUGAAGUAACUUUUGGGCUUUUUGUGAAUGUUUUCCUAGCAAAGUUUUUCUCUCUUGGAAAUAUUUUUGUCUUUUCUGAUGCUAAACUCGAAAUUGGUAAUUGCUAAACAAAACUGUAUUCAACCAAAUGUAAAAUGUUUCUCUUUCUGAUAAUUCUUGAGCCUUGAUUUAAGUCAAGAAGGCUGUGAAUUAUCAGCAUAAGAUUGAUCAUUUGAACAAUAAUAUUUCAUGUAGAAUAUUUUCAAUAUUUGCAUUACCAACAGAUAAUUAAUGUCAAUACAAUAUUUCUCCUCCGGAGAAGUUUACACAAAUUGCCUUAAAUAAUUGUCAUAAAAGUUUUUAGUGUACGGAAAGGAUAAACUAUUUUUAACUCAUUAUUUUUGUAUAUUAAUUGAAAACGCAUUGAAAAUCAAUUGGUUAUUAGAAUUAAAGUUUUUGUGAUGUUUUAGUUAUGUAAGUUUUUUUUUAUACUAAAAAGAAAGUAAAACGUUUAUCAAUUUGGAAAUAUAUAUUUUAUGCCAAACACCGCAA